UGUGGGAGGGGUGGGGGGUGAGGGUCACUGUGAGAGGAGGCGGAUGGUGGGGUUUUGAUGUGCGUGUGUGUGUGUGUGCGAGGGGAGUCCGCUUGAAAGGAACGAGGAACCAAAAAUAAUUCCAUAGGACAUGGUGCAAUGAUAAGUGUCAGGACCCCGUUUACAAAUGCUGUAAUUUCAUGCCAAACUAAGUUGGAGUACUUGCCAUUCGGUUGAUUUGGAUUAUUUUGAGGGGGAAUCUGUCCGGCUGGUGUUGUUUAUUUCAGUCUUUCCCAAAAGUCUGUAUUUAGGUCAGGAAUGCUGAAGUUUUUUGGUUAAAUGCAGAAUGGGUCAUUGUGUCACAUAAUUGUGUUCUAUCGUUUGCUUGUGACUCGGGAAUCAGUGGUCUGGUGUGGGUUUUUUUUCCUGCGGAGCUUGGCCCUGUUUGAUGGCUGGUCUGUACUUUUAAUACCUGGCAUCCUGCUAGCAACACACUGUAGUGUAUAAUUCAGCCCUGAGUGCUUACGUUGAAGCAGGCUUGGAGAUGUGGGGGUGGCAAAGGAGAGAGAGCUGGGACUCGUAGUUUACCCAGGCGGCUGGCAAGCAGGUCAGAUAGUGCUCAAGGACUCCACAUCCCAGAGUGCCUUGCCCUUGGCCAUGCAGGAACGGGAACAGCCGCCAGCCUAUCCCGACGGGGAGGUGUGGUGAGUGAGCAGCUGUCAGGCCAAUCACGUGGCAGGAAGCGAAGCCACAGCAGUGGGCUGAAAAUAGAGGGGGGUGGUAGGUGUCUGCCUGCCUGUGUGGGAUCAGGCAAGGGCUUGCCUGUAUAACUAGGGCCACUCGGAAGUUUCCUGUCUGCAAUUGCUCUAGCAUUGAGGCAGGGCCCUGCCCAGACACGGAGGCAGGCAAAGCAGGCAGGGGAGACCGAGUUGGCUGGAGGAGGGAAGCACACUUCUGGGCAGCUGUCAGGCAGACGGACAGACGGCAGGACGGACACGCGGGUGGGGCCUGUGAUUGGCGGCUCGGCGGCAGGCUGGUGGAAGAUGUCGUCGGGGGCCGGCGGACGAGGGAGUCGUCACGCGCGGUCGCGCGUCGGCUGCGGUGUCGGCGUCUCCAGGGACGUGGAGGAGGGCCCGGUGGGCAUCCCGUUCCCCGAGCAUAGCGCCGACGUCCUGGGCAGCCUGAACGAGCAGCGGCUGAGCGGCCUGCUGUGCGACGUGCUGCUGGUCGUGCAGGAGCGCGAGUUCCAUGCGCACCGCUCCGUCCUGGCCUCGUGCAGCCCCUACUUCCACAAGCUCUUCACCUCCGGUCUGGCCGCCAACCACCAGAGCGUCUACGCUCUCGACUUCGUCCAGGCCGAGGCGCUGGCGGCCCUGCUGGACUUCGCCUACACGGCCACGCUGACGGUUAGCCACAGCAGCGUGGCCGACAUCCUGAGCGCUGCACGCCUGCUGGAGAUCUCGCCCGUCCAAGAUGUCUGCACACACCUGCUGGACACCAAAGUGCUCUCCCCGCCGGCGGGCAGUGAGCCAGAUGAGGAAGCUGAGAGAGAAGAAGAGAGGUCCAAGAGUGGCGGCCGAGGAGGAGGAGGAGGAGCAAGAGAGCAGGGGAACCAGCUGCGCGCCCGCGAGUACCUAGAGUUCUUUCAGCAGGGGGCGCACUGGGGCAGCAGCAGCUGCAGCACGCCAGAGCUCAGGGACCCGCUCACACACCAGCACUUUAGCCAGCGCAACGGAGCGGAGCGCAACGGGACCCCCAACGCCCCGCACGAGUACGACUCGCCCCUGGCCCUCGCCCUGGCACAGCCACCUAUGCAGGACCCCGAGGAGGACGAGGAGGACGAGGAAGACCCAGAGGUGUCCUCGGCCUGGGCCCGGGGCAACGGGGGGGUCAGCGGCGGCGGCGAGGCCGUACUGCCCCACUACUAUGCCCCGGGAGCCCAGAACGGACAUUUCUACCUCCAGACGGAGCGCGUGAAACUGGAGCAUGAGCAGGAGCAGGAGCAGGAGCGGGCGGAACGGGAACGGGAUCAGGAGCGAGAUCGGAAGCGGGAUCGGGAUCGGGAUCGGGAUCGGAAUCAGGAUCGGGAUCAGGAUCGGGAUCAAAAUCAGGACCGGGAGCGCGAUCCAGAGCGAGGCUCGGCCAGCGCCCUCCUGCAGCAGAUGAUGGACUCCAUCGAGCGGCAGAAAGAGCGGGAGGCGGCGGGCGAGGAGCCGCCCGACGGGGAGGACCCGGACGUGGAGUUUUACUUGAAGUACUUUAACAGCGCGCAGCACGAGGAGGGCUCCGCCGCCGUGGCCACCGCCGCCGCCGCCGUCUCCCAGGGCCUGCUGUGGUCGGUGCGCGGCGGGGCCAGCCAGGCCGGCGCGGGGGCCACGGGCGAGAGGAAGAUGCGCUCCAAGGCCUUCCAGAAGUGCCCCAUCUGCUCCAAGGUCAUCCAGGGCGCGGGCAAGCUGCCCCGGCACAUCCGCACGCACACGGGAGAGAAGCCCUACGAGUGCGCCAUCUGCAAAGUGCGCUUCACCAGGCAGGACAAGCUCAAGGUUCACAUGCGCAAGCACACGGGGGAGAAGCCUUACCUGUGCACCCAGUGCGGCGCUGCGUUCGCCCACAACUACGACCUGAAGAACCACAUGCGCGUCCACACCGGCCUGCGGCCCUACCAGUGCUCCAGCUGCUUCAAGACGUUUGUGCGCUCCGACCAUCUCCACCGCCACCUCAAGAAGGACGGCUGCAACGGCAUCCCGUCGCGGCGCGGACGCAAGCCCCGGGUGCGGGACCCCGAGCUCCUGGAGGCCUCUUCUGUGGGGCUCCCGGGACCCGGCCCUGGCCCUGGCCCCGGCGCGCGCAGCGGGAGGGGCAGAAGGCGCCUGGAGGCGGCUCCUCCUCCCGCUGCCCUCGCCGCCCCCGCCGCGGCCGCCAUGGAAGGAGGCCCAGGAAGCCGCUCACGCAGCCCCGCUCGCUCCGGGAAGGCUGGGGAGGAGUCGCAGUGAGACGAGAGGGACUCCGGACGUCACAGCAGGGACUCGGGGAAAGGGGACACGCCGAAGGGACGUGGAGACACGCGCAAGAUGGAAAUUUGAAAAAAUAAAACAA